CCUCCACGGCAACAAACGGGAGGGGGCAGAACAGCAGAGGCGCAAAGCGAGCGCGUGAUGAGACGCGUCAAAGCAGGAGGCCUGCCUUAUCCAACAAGAGGCGUGUUGAAGUGGUUCCAGUCCCUGACCGCGACAGCGCCAGGCGAGGCAGCCACAGCUCUGCGCACGGCAAUGGCAACGGCCAUGUUGCUGACAGAGAUGUUGAGCCGAAGGGGGCCGAUCUGCCGCCGCCACCGCCGUUGGCUCUUAGCGCGCUUGACCAAUCUGCUGGGCUUGGUGUGCCCAACCCAUCUGUGCCUGAUGAGCACUGCAUGGAGUGGCUGUACCUUGAUCCCAAGGGUAAGACGCAGGGCCCCUGCAGCAUUGCAGACUUCAAAAAGUGGCUGGGGGGCAUGCGGGUGCAGCCAAAUCUGCGCAAAGAUUACGAGGAGUUUUUGAGCUGCUUUGUCUGGCGCAAAGAUUUUGACACUUCUCGUACCAUCCUCAAAAAGCUUCUGGGCUAGCUGGAGUUUUCCAUUGACAUUGCUGGCACGCCGGCAUGAUUGCUUCAAUAAGCUUGCAACAUUGAUGACGCAUGAGUUGUGAUUAAUAAAUGGAUGCACAUAAGAAAGUGCGCUGCAAUUGCGUGUGUGCCACAGCUGCUGAGAAGUUGGACUUCUUUGUGUCGCAAUGUCAAAAUGCAUGUGAAGGGCAUUGACGGUGUUGCUCCCUGUCAUGUAAGCUAUGAGUGUGU